UCCUCAUCGGAGGAUUUCUCCUUUUUGCCGGCGUCUUCGUGGACGCCAUGGGCAGCUCCAUCAACAACGAUGGGCAGAAUGGCAUCUUACCCUUCAGCCCCCUCGUCCUCGUGGGCAGGGUCUUGCUCGCCAUGGGAGGGACAAAAUUAAACACGCUACAAGGAAGUCAACGUAAAGCAGAAAAAUUAAUAGAUGAAAACAUCUCUAUAUAAAAGACCAAAGUGAAGAGUUGUUUUCUGGAGAGGAUGGAGUCCUGUAUCGAGUGAGUGAGCGUCUUCAACAUUAGUUGCAGGAGAAGGACGGAAGGGCGUGCAGCAUGAAAUAAUGCAAGAAUGGGUGGUGUUAAAAAAAAAAAAAAAGGGUCAGAAAGCGUGCCGGACCUAUAAUCGUCAUACCACAGAAUGAGUUGAACGGACAAUGACACGUAGUGGUAUUCAUGUUCAUGAAUGUUCAAAAUCAUAUAAAAAAAAAUAAAUGAAAAUUUGGAAAUAUGAGUAGUCCUUAAAAGCCUCUACGUUUGUCCAGAUACGAUGCACUUUUGUCUUCGCUUAUACUUCGAUAAAUCAUACUGUAAUAUGAGGUUCCAGAUUACAUAAGUUAUGAACACUCUCAAGAAUCAACUCAAUUUUUUUUGACAAAGUGGAUUAAAAAUUAAUGAUAUGCGCAGAAUUUGAUGAGAUAGUUCCAUUUGGAAAUUCAGGACAGAGUCUAGUACGGAAGAUUAUGAGAUGUAAUAAUAACACUGAAGACUUAGUGAGAUAAGUACCCAAAGUCAGAAUGAUUCAGCAUAAUAGCCAAAAUUUGAGUAAGUUGUUAUGCAUAGGAAGAAUGAUGAUAAUGUAUUUAUUAACGUAUUUAUCAAUUUACAAAUACAUGAACUUCUUUAUGGGAUAGGUAACACAAUGGAAAUUACAGUUUGUAAUCGCCAAUCCAUACGAGACUUUCUUUAUGUGAUGGUACCAAAAGCGAAUUUCUUUAUACAGUAAUUAACCAUCGUAGGAAUUUCUCUACUUAAUAAGCAACAAAAUAGGAAUGUUUUAACGUGAUAGAUAGCUAAAACAAAAAUUAUACUUUACGAUGAGGUAUUAUAUGGAUUAGUUGUUAUGAAAAAAUUAAUAAUAUAUAAAGUAGCAUAUCAACAAAGUUCUAAUUGUGAUGUCAGUAAACACAAAACAAAUAUUAUACAAGGUAAUUAAUGCGCAGUAUAUGAUAGGUCACUAAUCAUUUUGUGGAUGCAGUCAUGAUAUAGGAAACAUCCCUUAAAAAUGCAUUGCUGUCCCAACCGUGCAUUCAAAAACUGGUUUAAGAACUGAUCUCCUGUUCAGUCGAUAAAUUUAAAGAUUCUAAAUGCAAAAGAGAUUAAAUCUCUUUCACUUUUCCAAAGAUGUUCGUGUAAAGUGACCCGUAUAUAUGUACUCUCCUAUUCAGUCAAUAAAUUUAAGGAUUCUAAAUGAAAAAGCAAUUAAAUCUCUUUCGCUUUUCCAAAGAUGUUUUGUUCAUGUAAAGUGACCCGCAUGUAUGCACACCAUCGUAACAGGAAUGCGCUCGGCCGCGCCAAUAGUACACUUGACCAAGGGCGCUUACCCUAAGCAGCAGCGGUGUGCACAUCGUAAUCAUGUAUUCAAACGACACGUGUGCACCUCAAAACGUUGCCGCGGGCCGAGAAAUAAUGACCCACCCACCCCAAUCUCCAAAAAGGAUAUGAACCGAGCCGGCCAUUGGGUGAAAAAAAAAAAAGGGAAAACAAAAAGUGGGGAGAGAGAGAGAGAGGUGACGGGGGAAGUUUGGGGGUGGAAGGAAGAAGAGAGAGAGAGAGAGAGAGAAUGAAAAGUACAAAUUUAAUGCAACAGAGCACCGAGAGAGACAUAAUACCCACAUUUACCUCGAAGUUCGUCAACCCAAACCAGACCUCUGAGGUAACAUCCUUUCCACAGUCAAAGGAAACGAAAUCGCAAGGCCUCACGGAGAGGCCAAGUGUCCUUAAUAACUCUCUCCAGGAUAUUGCAUUAUGCUCCCAAUGCUCUGCGGCCAACGACUUCCUCGGUAAGGACGAGCCUCAAGUGAAGAAGGAGGAGGAGGAGGAGGUAGAGGAGGAGGAGGAGGAGGAAGGAAGGCUUGCCGUCUGUUACAGAAGUGUCCUUGGGGGGCCCCAGAGUGCAGGAUACUACGAGGGGCUCCAGUUCCCCAACCUGCGAUACUCCGCACACCCAGUCUUCUUCUUCGCGCCGCUCACUGUUGUUUUAACCGUGAUAUGUGACUGGGUGGGAGAUUGGCUUGCGCUUGGGAAGUUGUGCGCGCACUGCUGCUCUUCUGGUCAAAGCAAAAUCCGCUGGUUUUGUUUCUCGUUUGCUGUGAUAACGCGUGCCAAGCGAUGCAGAGUGAAUCGCAAGGGCCCGUGCGAUGUUUAGUAGGCAUGUUUUCGCCCUAGUUCGCCUCGUGAAAGGACUCCUCUCGUUACUAUCGGUACUACCAUUGUUUGGCGACAACAGUGGCAUCCGGCAAUGAGAUCAACAACAUUGAGAACUUGUCCAUCUUGCGGUUUCCGAUCGUCGGCUGAGUUGCUUACCAUGGAUUAAAAAAAAGGAUUGCCUCCGUCGUCGAUCAGGGACUGAAACCUAACCGUUGAGAGAAGAUGGGACCCAGGUACACGAAGGCCAUCAUAUUGCUUGUGGUGGGAUCGCCCGUCCUGGCAGCUGGGAUCAUCAUUGACAAUUCCCUGGAGACGAACACAGCCCAGAGUUCCACGGUCACCAUUGCCCGCCUCAUGAUAGCCGUUGGAGCAUGUAUGGUAGCAGUUGGUGUCUUCAUUUGUUGUAUUAUUAUGACAACGAACAAGAAAGAGGAACCAAACACUCCAAGUCCACCAGGCGACAUUCAGCUCCAUAGAGUCAGGGUCACCACAGCUCCUCAUUCGCAAUCACAGCGUCGAGGAGUCCAGCUGGUGACCUACUCCCCUCUGCCAGAGGCACAGGGCAACCCAUACCCUCCUCCUCAGUCAGCCAGGUUCAACAGAACCCCGCUUGUCAACUCUCCAGCUGUGCAUUUCCAGACAAGUGCUGUUACAAGCACCCCAGUUAACCACAGUAGCGCUUCACACUUAACAAGGGCCUCUGUACCCACAGGCAAUGUGAGUCAGCUCCCAAAUGCUAUACUACCCACUCAAAAUGGAGGGCAGCAUGCAAAUCCCUCCACAGUACCCAAUCAAAUUCCAAGCAUGCCUGCAGUUCACUCAAGCAUUUCUGAGACGAAGAGUCAACGUUCAAACACUUCUGAGGCCAAGAGCCAGCGAUCAAACACAUCUGUAGCUAAAAGUCAGCGUUCAAACAAUUCAGAAAAUAAGAGUCAGCGUUCAAGCGCUUCUGAGAGCAAGAGUCAGCGCUCGCAUGCAUCUGAGGCUAAGAGUCAACGCUCUAAUCCUUCUGAGGCUAAAAGUCAGCGCGUAAACAUAACUGAAGCCAAAACUCAACGUUCAAGCCCAUCUGACGCUAAGAGCCACCGAACAAAUAACCCAUCAGAGGGUAAGAGUCACAAAUCAAGCUCAUCGGAAACCAAAAGCAAACGCUCGAGCUCAUCGGAAGCCAGAAACCCACGCUCGAACUCCUCAGAAGCCAGAAACCCACGCUCGAGCUCGUCAGAAACCAAAAACCAGCGGACGAGCUCGUCAGAAGCCAAAAGCCACCGCUCAAGUUCAUCCGAAACAAAGAACCAACGGUCAAACCCUUCACCGGGGCAAAACAAACGUUCCAGUACCUCGGAAAACCCAAGCAAGUGCACCGGGAACCCCGAUAAUUCAAAUCUAUCCCUACAACAGCACAAUCCAGGGCCUCAGAAUAAUACUCACCAACGGCAUUUAUCUUCCGAGAGCCUCGUAUAUCCCGUGAGCGCAACAGAUAUGGCAAAACUCCUAACGGCUGCUAAAAAGGUCAUGGAUCCUAAAUCCUUCGAUGACAUAGCGAAGGCUUACUCAAUUGUAUAUUCGUCAUCCAGGCCGACGUCGCAGGUUGAUAUGCCUGCUUUUGACUACUCUGUACCUGCUCAGGGGCCCCUUUCGAGUUGCUCUUCUGCAUCUGCUGGUCAGUUGUCAACACAGGCAGCUGGUGCGUGUUGUCUGCUUCCUGCUACGCAAGAACAGAUGUCCUUAGAAAAUACUCUUCCGCUAGGUAGCAGUCCAUCCGCCCCUCCAUACCAAGAGCAGCCACCGGAGUUUGACCCGCCUCCAUAUUGCCCUUAAUAUAGGGUCAUUAUUAAGGAAAAUAAUUCAGUUACAGGGUCAGUGAGCUUUGACUUGUAUUUAUGUCGGAAAGUGCGUGUUAUAUACUCAAAAAAAGUUUCUCAAAAGAGCUUAGUGUGCCCAUGAGAUUUUGUGACUUGUGAAAUAGUGUAUUACCAAAAUUUUUUGGUACGUGUUUUCUGUAAAUAGUGACUGUGUUUUCUCAAGAAACGACGACUUUUUUUAUGGGACAGCUUCUGCAUGUCAGAAGGUAAUUUUGAUUUAAGGUCUUAUUUUUUUCUCACUUUUGUAUUAAUCUCUAUCAUGAAGUUCAAUGUCAUUUUUAUGCUAAGAUUAAUUUCAUACUUUUGUCUCAAGAUGAGAAAUUCAAAGUUCCCCAUCUAACCUUAACCGUGGUUGUAUCAUAACAGAUUUUGAUAUCACUACUUAUUUUGAUAAGCACUUUGAACGCAUUGUACAUAAUCAUCUGUUACUGUCGCUUUUUAUUUGUACAGAUUUAUUAUUCCGUUGGCUUCACUUUCCAUAAAAAAAACAACCUUCUUAGAUUACAAUUCAUCUUUUAUUUAUUUUCUUAUCUGUUAUUGACUUAAGGUGUUAUUUCUUACCGAUUCGAGAAACAA